UCCACAUUGCGUGUAUAUAUAAUGAGGGAGAUAAAAAAAAUGAGAGCUAGACGUUAAGUAAGCAUCAGUAACCAAUGGCUGCGGAUCUUCUCUUGUGAUCGCGCGCAGCGUCAGAGCGGACGGAUGGCACAGCGCUUCAGGCAACGCGACAAACCUGCUUCCGCUCUACAAGGCAGCGGUCAUUGUCUCUGACUCAGUGUCUGUUAUUAAGAGAUGAUAUCAAAUUGACGUCAGUCAUCAUCCCUGGAUUUCCCUGGCCUUAUGUUGACAUGGCAACAGGAAGGAAAAGCUCCACUUCAAAAGGUGGAGUACGUUUUCCUGAUGAUGAUGAAGAUGCUCCCAUUAACAAUAGCUGUGAUGAAAAGCUUCAGGAUAAAGUCAUAAUUGCUCUACCAGAGCCUGAUGGUGCAUAUCUUGUUAAGGUGGGAUUUUUAAGGAGCCAUCACAGAUAUGAAAUCAUCUUUUCUUUGCCACAAGUCCCAACACUAGGGAAAGAUGUCACCCUUUCCCCCGCACUACGCACUACUGCAAAACCACGACUACGUGCAACACUCAUCACACCACGGCCUGACGGGGGAGCGAGGGUGGUUUGUGAGUACAGUGCUCAGCAGGAGGGAGUGGUGCAAGAGGAACUCACCCUGGUCAACAGGAGCAGAAGGGACAGCAGCGUCCGAGUUCGAUUACAGGCCAGAGUCAUGGAUCGCCACCAUGGGACGCCAAUGUUACUUGAUGGAGUGCGGUGUGUUGGUGAAGAAAAACACACAAAAUAAUGACACAAAAGAUGUGACUAAAUCCAUUUGCUUGGCUAUAUGAUGAGAAUGAACCAAAAUGAAAGAAUCUACAUGUGAAUGUGAACAACCCGUCUCACACCCAUCCAUGGAGGAUCCCAAAUUAAUUGUAUUCGCUAUUCUAGAGUCUAUGCCAAUCCAUCACGAAUUCAACUUUAGUUUUAACUGAAUUUUAUUACAAGAGAAUUAAAUCAAAAAGCAAUUUAAAGAGAAAAAGCAAUACCAUUGCAUCUG